AUGAGUUACUGGCUACUAAUGGCGCCUGCUGGAUCUCGUGAUCCGUCCGAGAAGACCAAGUCUUCGAAACAGAAGAAAACACUUUUUCGUCCUCCAUCGCUAAAGCUUCGAAUGAAACCAUUCGGUCUAGAAGCCCGAAUCACAGCUGUCCGGGGCAGUGUUUCAGUUCCAUCGAGUCUCACAGACGAUGAAGAACUACCGAAACACCUACCGACAAUGCCAGCGCAGAUCGUGGACACCCAUGACCCGUCUGGAACGAUACCAGGGGCCUCUGCUAACCACAUGGCAACCGACACCAAAGAGACAGAAAGCCAAUCACACGAGUCGAGUCACAAAGAAGAUAUCGCAGUCGGGGAGGUCGGGGAUAUUCAGUCUUCCUCUCCGCAGAAAGUUUUGGGCACUAUGAUUGACUUGGAAUCACCUCCUUCUGAACCUGAAUCUGAAAUUUCUCCAUUGUCAGGCCAUCUCCCUCCAUUGCCUUCAUCCUCCCGCUUGGCCCGCUUUUUCCCAGAGCUGUCUUCGAACUUGUCCGUUGUCUCCCCGGUCAGUGCAGAUUUCAAUAUGGACCGCUCGAUGGGGCCCUCUUUUUUCGAACGGGAACUAGAAGAACGAGUGCAGAAUUUAUAUCAAAGCUCUGCAGAUGUCGCUCCCGAUGCACAAGGCCCUCCCGAUGCACAUGGGUCUACCGAUCAACAGGAGAUCACCCACUUGUCUUCUGGGUCUGAAGAGACUUUGGAUUGUGCUUCAUCGUGUUACAGUCGUCGCACUUCGGUGACCAGUGUUGGCACCACGUUCUGGGGAGAUGAUGAACGAUACCCUUACAAGACAGCCGACGCAUACUCCAUCUUUUCCCCCGUCGCCGCGGGUGUCUUCGACGACGCCCGUUCCAUCUGUUCCUCGCGGCCUUCCUCGGUAGUGGUUCCCUGCCACCUGCACGUCUCAAAGCCCGUCUUUCCAAGUCCCAUCACCAAAAAGGUAUCAAUGAACGACCUCAAGAACAAGCCCUUGCCACUGGAACCAUUCCUCGAGCCCAGCUCAGCCUCAAGUUACCGCAGCGACUCCCCCCUUUCGGUAGCUUCGUCACACGUCAAGUCACAGUGGUCAACACACUCCAAGAGAAACUCGCUGAUCUCGUUGCAACACUCCUCCACGAGGAGCCAGAGCGAAUUGAAGGAGUCCAUGUUACACCAGUUGAAUACCCGCCGACAACCCAACCAUUCCUGCCGUACAUGCGGACACAGUCAGCGCCAACCACAGAGCCAGCCGCAGCGUCAAGGUCGACAAGGUCGACAACGGUCAGAUCUAGUGGUCGCUGGUCAUCGAGCCCGUCAUAUCCCAACAUUGUCGCAGGCCGCCGAGGAACUCGAAGAUGCCCUAGCGGGUCUUGCUGGCCAAGAUUUGUCUCAUAAAACGCUGCUGAUCCUCGACGGGCCAUUGCAGAUCAGUCGCCAUAACGGGGACUUGAUUGCUACCCGGCCGGCGCCCCUCCCCCCUUCCACGAAGCCUCACUCAUACACACCGCAAGGGAAAUCGACACUGAAGAACGGCAGUCGGGUCAACACGAUCAAAUCAGCGGGCUCAAUUCCAGCCAAAGAAAAAAGUCUUAAAAUUAAAAGGGAGGCGAAAGACAAGCCUCGUCGAUCGGGCAAGGCUAGGGAGAAGGACUUGGAAGAAAGGGAGACCGAAGCAAGAACUCCAGCUUCAAAGCAAACCAUCAAAAAAGAAAAAUCCAAGAAAUCCUUCCUAAGCUUUCGCAAGCAAGGCCAAGUGGUGCGCGAUGCAGUUAGCGUCGGCUCACGGUCGGAGGACUCCAUGCACAUGACAUUAGACUCGCAUCCUCCCCUCGAUCUGGCCCCCACGCGCAACAGCCUGCUACUUCAAUUGCCUCGUCUGCAAACUAAUGGUCUGCAAACUAAUGAUCACGGGAAUCCCUUCGAUCACGCUGCGGAAAAAGCAGUGUUAUCGGGUAGCCCCGGCCCGGUCGCCAUGGAGGACAUGAAACUAGAGAAGCCCAUAGCCUCCAAAAUCCGUCAGAGCUGGGCUAUGGUCUCGACUGCCCAGGCAAGCAGCAUUCAACUCACCGAACAGAUCUAUGAACUUCCCGCUACUCCCCCGUCGCCUACAGCUGUGCUGCCUCCCCGAGACAAGCGCAAUGUUCCAGUCAAUAGCACCACCCCGAUAGAUAUGCCAGUGGAUUUGAUUAUGUCAAUCAUGCAGAACAUCGACUCUCUAGAUGACCUUUUCAACUUUGCCCUCGUCAACAAAAAGAUCUAUACCUCGUUCAAAGGUCGCGAGCUGCCCAUGCUGAAGAAUGCCCUGUUCAAAAUGUCCCCGCCCGCUUGGGAACUGCGCGAAAUGAGUCCGCCAUGGGAAAUGGAGUGGCAGCUCCUCGUAGAUCCUGACUCCCAGGUUCCAGAUUACACGCCCACGCUGUAUCUGCAGAGGUACGCACAGGACAUCUACACUCUUGCCAAGCUGAAGGCAUUGGUCCUUGCGCGGUGCGCUCCGUUCCUGCGUCGCGAUACCAUCCGUGGUCUGGCGGGCGUGGAUAACACCCGCGCCGAGGAAGUCGACGAUGCUUUCUGGCGGCUCUGGACCUUCUGUCGGAUCUUCGGCUGUGGCAAGGGGCGCGAGAAUGAUAUUGCUGGCCAAAUGGACUGGUUGAAGGGUGGUGUCCAGGCGAAGAACCAUUUCACUUCGGCUUCAACGAUGACACAACCUUUCGGUAUCAAUAAUGUUCUGUUUGAACCACCGGAGGGAUUCGGUCGUGGAAAUCUUUCCGGUCUAUCACAGAAGCAGAUGUACGAUCUGACGGAGAUCUGGACUUGCAUGGGUGUUCUGUUGCAGCCGUUGCAUGGAAAGUGCAUUGAAGCUCGCAAGGUCGGCAUUUUUGAUAGCAUGAAUGUUCCAGAUGGUGAACUGGCCCUCGAAGAGACCGUUCUCGAGGAAUGGACUUCAUACAUUCUCACACUCGGUCUAGGCGCAGUGUUAACACUCAGCUCUGUCUGCCCGGCUGACACCGCCACCGCCACAUUCACCAAAGCGAAGUCAAUCGGCCUCACCAAAUGGGAAGCAACCGAAAUCGAAGCAAGUCGAUCAUCGUUCCUGAAAGAAGCAGUUUCACGUGCCUACGAGCUCCAAGAACGCGCACUUGACAGCCCGACCGAAAUCAGCCCGCAAAAAGCAAGCCCCAAUGAAACCGACCGCGAUAUCCGUGAGCGACAAGCCGGAUUCGCCUACGAGCUUCGCUGCCGCCGUGAACGCGGUUUCGAGCCCGAUCCCAACGGCCGGUUUUCUUUCUCUGCUGAACGCCCUAUGUCGGAGUUCAGCACUAUUGUCCAUAAUCUCAAUGGGUCGAUUCGAGAUCACCGGCCCAUUCCAUCUGUUCCUGCUCUCGUCCUUGAUAGAUCCUCAAAUUCAACUUGUGGGACGGCUCCCCAUACCCCGACUCACCCGUCCGACUCUACCAGUGUUUUCCCUCCGUCGCAUACUCCACUACCGCCGGCUAUAGUUCCUCUACCACUACGGCCGCAAGUUCUAGAUCCUGUCGACCGCGCCAUUGAUAUGAUGGUUAAUGAGCUUGGCUUUAGUCCGCAAGACGCUAAGUGGGCUCUCAAGAUUACGGAUACUGGUGAAGGGAUCGAUGCUCCUGCUGCUGUGCAGCUACUUCAGCGUCAGCGGAGAAAGAACCAGCACAAUCCCUCUGGCCAAGGCGAUACCCUGCUGUCGGAUGUUAUUAAGCGUCAAAAGUCACAAGAGUCAGGCUGGCACUGGGCUUGA